AUGAACGAGCAUUAUGAUGUAAUUAUUUUGGGUACAGGAUUAAAAGAAUGUAUUUUAAGUGGACUUUUGUCUCAUUAUGGAAAAAAAAUAUUAGUACUUGAUAGAAAUCCAUACUACGGUGGAGAAACGGCAUCUUUAAAUUUAACAAAUUUAUAUAAUACGUUUAAACCAGAUGAAAAAAUUCCAAGUAAAUAUGGAGAGAAUAGACAUUGGAAUGUUGAUUUAAUACCCAAAUUUAUCUUAGUUGGUGGGAAUCUAGUAAAAAUAUUAAAAAAAACAAGAGUAACAAAUUAUUUAGAAUGGUUAGUUGUAGAGGGGUCUUAUGUUUAUCAACAUCAAAAAAAAGGAUUAUUAUAUUCAGAAAAAUUUAUACAUAAAGUUCCUGCUACAGAUAUGGAAGCCUUAGUAUCACCAUUAUUAUCUUUAAUGGAAAAAAAUAGAUGCAAAAAUUUUUAUCAGUAUGUAAGCGAGUGGGAUUCAAAUAAUAAAAGUACAUGGAAGAAUUUAGAUCCUUUUAAAUUAACUAUGAUGGAUAUAUAUAAAUAUUUCAAUUUAUGCCAAUUAACUAUUGACUUUUUAGGCCAUGCUGUGGCUCUUUAUUUAAAUGAUGAUUAUUUAAAAGAACCUGCAUAUGUUACAUUAGAAAGAAUAAAAUUAUAUAUGCAAUCUAUUUCAGCAUUUGGAAAAUCUCCAUUCAUAUAUCCUUUAUAUGGUCUUGGAGGAAUACCUGAGGGAUUUUCUCGAAUGUGUGCAAUAAAUGGUGGUACAUUUAUGCUUAAUAAAAAUGCUGUUGAUUUUAUUUUUAAUGAUAAUAAGGUGUGUGGAAUAAAAUCAAGUGAUGGGGAAGUUGCUUAUUGUGACAAAGUAAUUUGUGAUCCUAGUUAUGUUAUGCAUUUAGAAAAUAAAAUAAAAAAAAUUGGUCAGGUAAUACGAUGCAUUUGUAUUUUAAGCAAUCCUAUACCAGAAACUAAUCAAGCCAAUAGCUGUCAAAUUAUAAUACCACAAAAUCAAUUAAACAGAAAAAGUGACAUUUAUAUUAAUCUUGUUUCAUUUCAACAUGGAGUUACUCUUAAAGGAAAGUAUAUAGCAAUAGUUUCAGCAACAGUUGAAACAGAUAAUCCAUUAAAAGAAAUAGAAAAACCACUGGAAUUACUAGGAUCUAUUGAAGAAAAAUUUGUUAAAAUAUCGGACAUAUAUACAUCUAUAGAUAAAAAACCAGAAGAUAAUAUUUUUGUUACAUCAUCAUAUGAUGCUACUUCCCAUUUUGAAACAGCAACAAACGAUCUUCUACAAAUAUGGGAAAAUUUAUGGGGGCAAAAAUUAAAUUUUGAUGAUCUAGCUACUAACGAAGAAAAUGAAGGGGAACUUCAAUAA